AUGCAUACAGAGGAGAAACCAUAUAGCUAUGAACUAUGCAACAAGGCCAUCUCAGAGAAACAUAAUCUGGUGCAUACAAAGAAGAAAUCAUAUACCUGUGACACUUGCAGUAAGACAUUUUCUGAGAGAAGUUACCUUGUACAGCACAUUAGAGUACAUACAAAAGAAGCCAUACAAAUGCGACUUUGUAACAAAGCAUUCACAUGGAAACGUAGUCUGGUAAGGCACAUGAGAACACACACUAAGAAGCCAUACAGUUGUGAAAUUUGUAACAAACACUUCUCAACCAAAUCUAAUGUUGCAAUUCAUAUGAGCGUACAUACAAAGGAGAGGCCAUACGAAUGUGAGAUUUGUAACAAAGGUUUUUCAAAGAAAACCCGUCUAGAAAGUCAUAUGACAGUACAUACAAAAGAGAAACCAUACAAACUGUGGAUUUGCAACAAGGGCUUCUCAUAUAAUAUAAUCUGGCAAAUAAAACAUAUGGGAGUACAUAUGAAGGAGAAGCCAUACUGGGGGAGGAACCUCUUGUAUUCUAUAUAA